UUCUUUUGCAUGCUCGGUUGGGGAAGAGAUGACGAGAACCGGAAGGAGUGUCGCGCUUCUGUUCCUUGUGCUGAUGGAAUUCCUUGGUUGGAAAUCCUGCGUGGUGGAUGCGAAUCCUCGCCGGAUUCUCUUGGACACGGACGUGGAUACCGAUGACUUCUUUGCGCUUCUGUACCUGCUGAAGCAGAACCAAUCGCAGUUCGACCUCAAGGCUAUUACGAUUAGCGCGAAUGCAUGGGCCGAUGCAGGGCAUGCUGUCAAUCAUGUGUACGACAUCCUUUACAUGAUGAACCGGGACGACAUUCCCGUCGGAGUCGGAGGUGAUGGUGGAAUACUGGACGACGGCACCAUACUCCCACAUGUUGGUGGCUAUCUCCCUCUAAUAGAACAGGGCAUGUCGACGGCAGGCGACUGCCGUUAUCGACAAGCGAUUCCGGUAGGUGGUCAUGGAGGAUUAGAUGUCAACACUAACUAUGGCUUGCGUAGGAGCUUCCUCCCACAGGGCAGAAGGCGUUACAUUCCUCUUCAGCAACCCACAGCUCAAAAAGUCCUGAUUGACACAGUCUCUGCUGGCCCUACUGUGCUCUUUGUUAUUGGAUCUCACACCAACAUUGCUUUGUUUCUCAUGACAAACCCACAACUGAAGAAGAACAUCGAGCACAUCUAUAUUAUGGGAGGUGGUGUAAGGUCGAAGAACCCUUGCUGCACAAACAAUGCAAGCACUUCUUGCGAUCGUCAGCACUGUGACGAUAAGGGGAACCUGUUUACAGGAUACACCAGCAAUCCUUAUGCAGAGUUCAAUAUAUUUGGAGAUCCUUUUGCUGCAUACCAGGUCUUUCAUGCUGGGAUUCCAGUUACUCUCGUUCCACUUGAUUCAACCAACACUAUCCCCGUCAAUGAGGAAUUCUUUGAUGUGUUCCAACAGCAGCAAGAAACAUUUGAGGCACAAUACUGUUUCAAAUCUCUAAAAAUCAUUCGGGAUAACUGGUUCGACAACCAGUUCUACACAAGCUACUUCAUGUGGGACUCCUUCGCUUCUGGUGUGGCCAUAUCGAUCAUGAGCAAAGCGGACAACUAUGAUGGUGAGAAUGAAUUCGCAGAGAUGAAAUAUCUGAACAUAACAGUCGUUACUUCAAACGAACCAUAUGGUGUGAGUGAUGGCUCCAAUCCCUUUUUUGAUGGGCGUGCCGUUCCAAAGUUCAAUCUGCAGAAAGGUGGAGUGCACAGUGGUCAUGUUCAAACUGGCCUUCAAGAUCCAUUUUGCAUUGUGAAGGGAAGUGACAGAGGGAUAUGCCAGGAUGGGUACACCAAGGAAGUAGCCGGUCCAGAAGCAGUUCAAGUACUUGUUGCACAGGAAGCAAAACCUAACCAGGAUGUUCACAGUCCAUUAAACAGGCAGUUCUUCAAAAGCUUUCUGGAUGUUCUCAAUGUCCACCACCCAUCUGGGCGUUUCAACUUCACAACAGAGUUCCCGUUUUACAGAGAAAUCCUCUACAAGCCAAAUCGUACAAGUCGAACGCGGGGAAGGCCGGUGGUGUUGGACAUGGACAUGAGCGCUGGAGACUUCAUUGCACUCAUCUAUCUGCUCAAAGCUCCUGUGGAUAUCGUAGACCUCAAGGGAAUACUAGUGAGCGGCAAUGGAUGGGCAACCGCCGCCACCAUAGACAUCAUCUACGAUGUGCUGCACAUGAUGGGCCGUGAUGAUGUUCCGGUUGGUCUGGGAAAUCUCACUGCUUUAGGCGCACCAAGUCUCGGAUGCAAGUACGUGAAGGCCAUUCCACAGGGCAGUGGUGGACUUCUCGACUCCGAUACACUCUAUGGACUUGGUCGAACACUGCCCCGGAGUCCCAGGAGCUACACAGUUGAAAAUCCUGUGAGGUUUGGAGCACUAGGAAACACUGAUCAGCCUAAACUUAGACAGGCAUUAGCUCUGGAAGUUUGGCAGUCCAUCUCGAGGGCACUGCAGCCAGGGGAAAAGCUCACUGUACUGACAAAUGGACCUCUUACUAACUUAGCCAACAUUAUUGAUCUGGACAAAAGUGCAGCUGAAGUUAUACAGGAUGUUUACGUAGUCGGUGGGCAAGUGAUCGAUGGGAAAAAUAAGAGAGGAAACGUCUUCACGGUUCCUUCGAACGAGUUCGCCGAGUUCAACAUGUUCCUUGACCCUGUAGCUGCGAAGAAGGUAAUGGAGUCGAAUCUUAGGAUCACGCUUAUUCCUCUCAGUGCUCAGCAGAAAGUGAGCUCCUUUAAGAGGACCUUACAAAACUUAAAGAUUGCAGAGAAGACUCCUGAGUCCAUUUUUGCACAUAGCUUGCUGUCAUUGCUCGACAAACUGCAGCAGAAGCAACCAAAACUAUACAAUCACAUGGAAAUAUUUCUGGGGGAAGUCCUUGGUGCAGUUUUCUUGGUUGAACAUUCUAAACUAAACGCAACGAUGCAAACGGAGAAGAUUACUGUUUUAACUGGGAACAUGAGCCUGGACGGGCAGAUUACAGUAGACAAAAGAUAUGGAAAGUUAGUGAACAUAGUGGAUGAAUUUGACAGCGAGGCAUAUUACAAGCUGCUUGGAGAUUUGUUAGGUGAUAAGCAGCAGUCUGCAGUGAUUGGGAGCUUUGAGGAACAGCAGAAGAUAUGGAGGACACCGCCUAAAUGAAGCGGUGGAACAUUCGGCAUGAUACCCUAUAGGAAGUUUCUUUUGCAUGCAAAUAAUAAACAGAAAUGAAAGGUAUACGAUCUGUAAAAUGCCUGUAGGCCAUACAAAGAUCCAUGUAUUUGCUUCCAAUGCAACACAAAACAUCUACAUAGUAAUGUUUGUGAUUUUAUAAGCAAUUGAAUUCACUAAUCCUUCUGGGACUAAAUAAAUAGCUAACAAUAAUCCUAUUUUCUUUUCAGACAUUUUUCUCAAUUUAUA